UCUGCCUGUUUGUACAUUUAUUUUUGGCUUGUUUCGAUAAAGAGUUCUUUCAGUACAUUUUUAACAAAUAUUGAUUGGUUCACGUUUGCUGGCCUUCACAUUGUGAAAGUAUAGCGUGGCCGAAGUCUGCGCAUGCGCAGUGCGCGUUCGUUAGGCCGUUGCUGUUGGAGCGGGAACACGCAUAGUGAUUGACUGACAGCAGCACAUCUCUCACCUUUACUGACCGAACAGCUGAAAUAACAGGACAGCAUGCCUCGAGAAAUUAUCACCCUGCAGCUCGGGCAAUGCGGGAAUCAGAUUGGUUUUGAGUUUUGGAAGCAGCUGUGUGCUGAGCAUGGCAUCAGCCCGGAGGGCAUCGUAGAGGAGUUUGCCACUGAGGGUACAGACCGCAAAGAUGUCUUCUUCUAUCAGGCAGAUGACGAGCACUACAUCCCUCGUGCUGUGCUGUUGGACCUGGAGCCCCGAGUCAUCCACACCAUCCUCAACUCCCCCUAUGCCAACUUGUACAACCCGGAGAACAUCUAUCUGUCUGAGCAUGGUGGUGGAGCCGGGAACAACUGGGCCAGUGGCUUCUCUCAGGGAGAAAAAAUCCAUGAGGACAUCUUUGACAUCAUUGACAGAGAGGCAGAUGGCAGUGACAGUCUGGAGGGGUUUGUGCUUUGCCACUCUAUUGCGGGGGGAACAGGAUCUGGUCUCGGGUCCUACCUACUGGAGCGACUGAACGACAGGUAUCCUAAAAAACUGGUUCAGACCUACUCUGUCUUUCCUAACCAAGAUGAGAUGAGUGAUGUUGUCGUACAGCCAUAUAAUUCUCUUCUGACGCUAAAGAGACUGACCCAGAAUGCAGACUGUGUGGUGGUGCUGGACAAUACAGCUUUGAACAGAAUCGCCACAGACCGGCUGCACAUUCAGAACCCCUCGUUCUCUCAGAUCAACCAACUGGUGUCCACUAUAAUGUCAGCAAGCACGACAACCCUCCGUUACCCUGGAUAUAUGAACAAUGAUCUGAUUGGUCUGAUUGCGUCACUCAUCCCCACUCCCCGCCUCCACUUCCUCAUGACCGGAUACACGCCACUGACCACCGAUCAGGCUGUGGCAAGUGUGAGGAAAACAACAGUUCUUGAUGUGAUGAGGAGACUCCUGCAGCCCAAGAAUGUCAUGGUGUCCACAGGCCGAGACCGUCAGACCAAUCAUUGCUACAUUGCCAUUCUCAACAUCAUUCAGGGAGAGGUGGACCCCACACAGGUACAUAAGAGUCUGCAGAGAAUCAGGGAGAGGAAGUUAGCUAAUUUCAUCCCUUGGGGUCCAGCAAGUAUUCAAGUGGCACUGUCCCGCCGGUCUCCCUACCUGCCCUCAGCUCAUCGUGUCAGUGGACUUAUGAUGGCUAAUCACACCAGCAUCUCUUCACUGUUUGAGCGUACCUGUCGUCAGUAUGAUAAGCUGAGGAAGAGGGAGGCCUUCCUCGAGCAGUUCAGGAAGGAGGACAUUUUCAAGGACAACUUUGACGAGCUGGAUAACUCUCGCGAGGUGGUUCAGCAGCUCGUGGACGAAUACAGCGCCGCCACACGUCCCGACUACAUCUCCUGGGGCACACAAGAGCAGUGAAAACACCUUCGCUCGCUUCCUAAAGGCAGGCUCCGAACUCAUCCUGUAAAAUACACAGUGAAUCCAGCAGCGAAUUUCAGAAGUUCAGUAGUGAAUGCACCUCCACAGACUCGUGUCCAUAAACCUUUCAUGGCUCACCAUACUGUUCUGCCAGAGCCUUCUCUGCAUUACGCUGUGAUGAGAACCACUCACAUAUGUAUAUACACGUCAUUUGUCAUCUUUACGGGCCUAUAGUUCUUCAUAACCUGGUGCCUCUAUCCUGAGCUGUAACUUCUCUCUCUCGUCCCAAUUUCCUUGAUUUCUUUGAUCAGAGAAUUUAUGGCUCCAUCUUAAUCUAUUUUUGUACUGCACUCUGCACUCUUCUGCACAAAAUCUACAUCAAUCUACGUCAAGGUGGCCUGCACACAACCUUCCCUGACCACACACACGUUGGACGUCUACACCGAUAAGACUGGGUGGUCUCAGAUGAAUGUAACCAUAGGAGGGAGUGUGAAAGAUUAAACCUCUUAGAAGAGAUCAGACCAGAAGCAGCUUAUGAAUACACCAUCUCCCUCCCUUACGUUCACACAUGCAUGCUUUUAGACAAAAGGCGCUUACUUUCAGGGGAUAGACUGUGAUUGUGUGAUUGAAUAAAUUUUUCUCUCUGUCUCUGUGUUACAGAUUACUCUUGAAGAUUAUCUUAGAGUUUUGAGAGACGAUCAGUAAAGUCAAGUGUUCUGCUGUACCUCAAUCCAUCCAAUCAGUGAACCCUCAUCCGGUUCUUUUUCUAGUCAAUCAAAUCAGUGAAGUUACCUCAAAGUCUGGCAGAAUCAGUCAUACACCAAUCCCAAUGCAUCACAUUUCCUCAUCUGAAUAAUUUAUUCUUCUGCUUCAGUCUUUUUUUGUGUGCGUGUGAAACUUUCAUGCCAGAUUUCUGUCUCAGUGCUUUCGUUUCCCUGGUUACCACAUGUUCUUAUUAUUAAUGUUAUACUGUAUAUAUAGUUUGCUGUCAGACUUGAAGUUCAUGAGAUUGAAUAAAUGUUUUUCUACAAGAAAUA